UUCGAACUUUACUAACUUUUACUAAAUGAAACGUGUGGGAAAGCCCCACUAGAUUUUGGAAAGUCCCUUCUUAUGCUCCUACCAAAAUAUACAGAGCUUUCGAAACGAAUACAUCAUCUAUAUCUGUACUUAAAAUGUAACCGAUUUGGUCUCACUUUUUCGUCGCUUUCGCGAAGUGCCGUAGUGGAGAAAUAAAAGACAAAUCGACUAACAAUUUGGCGGACAUAAAUUGCUUAUUCAGGCUCAAACAUGGCCGAAGGGUCAGAUAUCACGUUGCCAAACAUAAAUACAACAGAUUUGUUGAGUAUGUUUGGUGGCGAAUCCUUGACUGAUAUAUUUCCUGGGAGUAUGGGUGACAGUAUUGGAGCUGAAUUAGAAAUAUUAGAGCAACCAAAACAGCGAGGAUUCCGAUUCAGGUAUUCGUGCGAAGGACCAUCUCAUGGUGGUCUUCCUGGAGAACGUUCAGCUAAAGGAAGAAAAUCCUUCCCUUCUGUGCAGAUCAUUAAUUAUUCUGGUAAAGCGAGAAUUGAGGUGACGCUUGUGACAGUUUCAGACCCGCCGCAACCCCAUGCACACAGUUUGGUUGGUAAAAAUGUCCGAGACGGUGCAUGCAUUGUUGAAGUUGGGCCAGAUUGUGGCAUGACAGCCAGCUUUCCAAAUUUGGGAGUUCAGCAUGUCACGAAAAAGAAUGUUCUCCCUAUUUUAAAAGAGCGAUACCUGAAGAAACAUCGCCUGGAAAAAUCUUUCAAUUCAGGCGUAAGCAGCGGUGAUCAAGUGAUGCACGUGGAUUUCCACGAUCCCGCCAGCAGCGGUGCGAUCGCUGAAGCCAUCACAAAUGAAGAAAUGAAAAGUAUCGAGGUCAUCGCCAAACAAGAAGCAGAUAAAAUGAACCUCAGCACGGUCCGGCUUUGUUUUCAAACAUAUUUACCCGACCAGGAUGGCCGGUUUGUCAUUUGUCUCAAACCAGUAUAUUCGCAUCCUAUCUACGACUCAAAGGCUGCGGCAGCAUCCGAAUUGAAGAUUUGUCGCAUCGAUCGACAAUCCGGCUUUGUGCAAGGCGGCGAAGAGAUCUUUUUGCUAUGUGAUAAAGUACAAAAAGAGGAUAUCGAAGUGCGGUUCUUUGAAAAUCAAGAGGAAGACCGCCCUGAACCAUGGGAGGCAUUUGGGAAGUUCUCCACCUCCGAUGUCCAUCGUCAGUUUGCCAUCGUCUUGAAAACGCCAGAAUACUGGAAUACGGCGAUUGAAAAACCGGUCAAAGUGCUUCUUGAACUAAGACGAAAGAGCGACAAGGAAACGAGCGCCCCGGUGGAAUUUACUUAUAAACCUCAAGAGUUUGAUCCCGAACAGAUCGGGGCAAAAAGGCGCAAGAAAAUCCCACGAGGUUUCAGCGAAUUUGAGACAACCAGCUCGAGUGGUAUGCAGGGCAGUGAUCCCGGGGCUGGACCCUCGACGGCCGAAGGUAGUGCCUCUGGUUUUCCUAUGUACAACCCUGCUUUGUUCAAUCCAAACUUCCUCAGUUCGUUUCUCAGUAGUGGCACUGGUUUUCCCGCUGUGCCGAUGCCCUCACUCUUCGCCGGAUAUCCUAGUUUUUCAGGGGGCCUAUCUGGCAUGGGCGGUGGGGCUGACGGUAGUCAACAACAGCCCCUUCAACCAUCCGAUCAAGAUCCAUCGACCAGCAAUAUAUCAUGAUAGUUUACUCUGUUGUAUUAUAUAAGUCGUGAUGCCUGCGGGCAAUACCGGCAAAUGAUCCGCGCGUGACAAAAACCCGGUGGAGGGAAGAAUCCCCUGGAUUUGUCCGAAAUAAGAGAGGCCCCACGUUUCACUUUCUGGUGAAACAUUGGAAAUUAAGCAUUCGUAUUGCUUUCAGGAAGUCGAGAUUUAAAUGUGCGGUGACUUUAUACCUAUAAGGCCGUGACUUUACCUAAUAUGCAACACACAAUCAAUCUCUCAAGGUUGGGUCUGGAAAUUGUCUAAAAUCUGUGGUCAACUUUUAAUCGAUUUAGGGCAAUGUUGUUUUGCCACAGCACUCAUCCAAUAGCAUCUUUUAAUAUCUAACUUGCGGGAAAACUUUUAAAAGAUUUGUCUCAACGAUCGACGGUCAAAAUUUCUCCAUGCACAUCAAAUUUUAGCUACUUACGGCCCGAUUUCCAGACUAGAUGUUUAUCGACUCUGCUAGAACGCAUGCAUUAUCCACUGACGUUGUCAUUUCUUUCUAUUUAUUGUUCUUUUCACAAAUCUAGCAAUUUCUCAGCGAAUUAACGAAAGACCUAGUUUGAUUGCGAUCAAAAUUGCCCCGUGAGCAAUGGCCUUUCUCAAGAAGUCUUUCAGUGUUAAUAAACAAAUGAUAUCAGUGUGGUUUCUUUGAUGUUGUAAAUGUGGGGUGCAUUAUACUCUUUUAUGCUGGAGUUUUGUCAACGCGGUCCGUUUGCCUCAAAUCAGAACUAAAUUCUUUAUAAAAGGCACCUGAAACUAAGAAUGGUUGACAUUUUGAAGGAACUAGAAUGUUGGACUCGUCUAAAAUACUGUAACGCUUCUGUUCAAAUACCUAAUAAUUUCUGCAUUAUGAUGUUUAUAAGCGCCUUAUAUCUAAUAGAUAACUGAUUCUAUGAGAUGCCUCCACGAUAUAUGGUAUAAUAUAUAAUUACAUGCAUCUAUGUAAUGUA